AUGCCCUCCAUACUCAGCGAUGCCGACAAGGAAACAGUGAAGCGGAAUGUCCCCAAACCCGCGAACAAGAUCCUCGCCGUAGCUGUCGCGCGACUCUACGUCGCCUACCCGGAUCCACAGAAAUGGACAUAUACUGGAAUUCAAGGCGCUGUUGUCCUCUGCAAUGACCUUGUGGGAAGGACUUUUUGGCUCAAAAUAGUCGAUGUCUCGCCCGCUAGCAGGGGGGUGAUCUGGGACCAGGAGAUCUAUGACAACUUCGCUUACAACCAGGACCGAACCUUCUUUCAUACAUUCGAGCUUGAAGACUGCCCCGCCGGUCUGUCCUUUGUCGACGAGAAGGAGGCCAAGACCUUUAUUAAGAAGGUGCAGGAGCGUGAGAAACAUGCAAGCAAAGAGACAUCCAAAACUCCAUUCGCCUCUAGUCGAGGCCAGGGACCUGCUCCUGUUGCCAAUGGAAAAGUAGGACGGUCUUUGUUUGGUAGCUUGUUGCAUCGUUCGGCCCCGGCUCCAAGUGCACCGCUGCCGACAGCACCUGCGCCUUCAAUACAGGUCGCUCCGCCACCUCCGAUGAUGUCCCCAAGCGUGCCAGCAGCUCAGCCAGAUCUGCCAUUCGACACGAGCGACCCCUCUUGGAAAGGACUCCUGGAUGAGCUUAAAGGGAUGGGAAUUACCGAAGACCAAAUCGCCGAGAAUUCCGAAUUCAUCAAGGCUUGGAUUGACCAGAAGCAGGCGGCGGCGGCCGAGUCUGCUCCCAUUGAAGAUCAGAACAAACCAAAGGCUGCUCCUCCUCCACCUCCACCUUCUGCACCUCCCGCGCCGAAGGUGGUUUCGAUCAGUCCUCAAGACACGGGUUCCAGCUCGACAAGCAGACGGGGACCGCCGCCGCCGCCGCCGUCACGGAAAACACGUUCUGAAGCACCAGAAGAACCCGUUUCCCUCCCUCCUCGUGAACCAUCUCCACCUGCGCGAAGAUUCAACGCGCCCCCUCCAUUUGCAGACGCAGGAAAAUUCGCUGAGCCAGCCGGCCCUGUAGGUCCGCGGCGUCCCCGCGCAACCUCAAAUGUCAAUCCUGGGCCUCCACCACCCCCGCGACCACCAAAGACACCAAUGGACGAUAUUCACCAUAAUCAAUCGACUCAAUCUCGAUUUGGGGUACCGCCAGCUUUCUCUGGCGAUCGCAAGGUGUCUGCACCACCGGCACCACCCAGCCGUAGCUCUAUACCAGGUGGGCCUCCCCCUCCGCCGCCUCGCACGGCGAGCCCAGCAGCACCGCCCCAACUGCCCCCCAAACUGCCGCCCAUGACCUCUACUGGACCUCCUCCUCCGCCUGCCAGGAGCCCCGUUUCACCUCCACUCCCACCCCCACCAGCGUCUCGACCUGUGCCAGCUGCACCGUCUUCUCCUGCAGCAGCUCCUCCCCCACCACCAAGAGGACCAGUCUCGCCUCCCCCUGCCCCGCCCUCGGCACCCUCGUAUUCCCCUAGUAUUCCGCCGCCGCCGCCGCCGCCGCCUGGUUCUGCGGCACCCGGCCCCCCCGCCUCGUCCGCCUCCAGGCCGUAA